UCAUUUUUAACUCAGAGCAACAGGAUCCUGCAGGCUGCACCAUGGAGCAGCCUCCUGUUCCUCUCCCGAGGAAGAUACGCCUUCACACACGAUCCUUUGAUGACGACUGGCUGAAAUGUGACUCCGCUCCUCCUCAGUCUCAGAACGGUUUGGAGGACUCCACUCCUCAACCGGUGCCCUCGCGCAUGAAUGUCAGAAGACAAUAUUCUGAACAACAUGAAAACAUCAGAGAGCAAGUCCAGUCUCCCGUUUCUCUUCAGAGGAAGAUAAGCUCACGAGCCGUUGAUGAAGAGUGGCUGAGAUGUGACCCUCCUCCCUCUGAGGACGGUUCGGGGGACUCCACUCCUCCACCGGUGAUCUCACGGGCGAAUGUCAGAGGACAAUGCGCUGAACAAGACCAAACCAUGAAUGUCAGAGACCUAGUCAAGACUUUUAACGACCAUUACCAACAACGUCCUCCAUUGCUGAUCAGGCCAGCGAGCGAACAGGCCACAAGGAAAAUUAUAAAACAGGACGACUCAUCGAUUUCCUGCAAGCCAAUGACACCAUUGGACGACGUUUUGAAGAACCUCAAACUUAAACAAUUAUCCAUCGAACAGGACAUCAAUGUUAAAGCUGGGCAUCUGUACAAAGCAAUCCAGAGUUACAUCCAACUAAUGUCCACACAUGAUGGGAAACUUAAAGUGCUCAUCUCAGAGCUACGUAGCAUCGCUGACAACUUGGACAAGGUUUCAAAGGGAACAAAGAUCGCUGGCAUCACUGGAGGAGCAUCAACAGCAGCAGGAGGAGUGGCAGCUGCCGCCGGGGUGAUCCUGGCCCCUUUCACAGCGGGAGCCUCACUGGCCCUGACCGUUGUUGGGGCCGGAGUGGCUGCAGCUGGCGGCGUCACUGGGGCGUCAGCAGCCAUCGCAAACAAGGCUAAUCUAAAUCAAGACAAAAAGAAAAUUGAGAGGACCCUUCAGGAGUUCAAAGAGGCUUAUGAAGAAAUCCUAACAUCCCUGAAGUUCAUUAACGAGGGCAUGGACCUGCUGAAGCGCGACGGUGUGUCUGCUCUCAAAGACAUGGUGGACAACGACAAGAUGGUGUCAAAGGAGGCAGCCUCUGCGGUGCAACUGACUAUUGGGAAAGAGAGCUCCGUGGAUUCAGAGAAGAGCAACAAGGUUUCCGUUAUGCUGGAUGGCUUCGCACUCGGCAUGGAAAUCUACUUCAAUAAAGAUGGGCAGACGGUGAAGAAAAAGCUCGCGUCGCAGCUCGCCUUAAAUAUCCGGAAACUAGCCAAAGACCUUGCUUCUGGUCUGGAAGAGCUUCAAAUGAUAAAUGAUGAGUUCAGGGAUGUUUAAAAGAUAAAUAUUGUACCUUUCAGAAAUUGAAGGCACAAGAUGGCAGCAGGUUAUGGUUCAACUUGGGGUUUUUCUAGGUUCAUGCAAUAUUUUAAAAUGCUUAAUCAGCCUACAUGUAAUGAUUGUAAACACUAGAAAAUAAGCUUGUAUUUUCUUUUCCUUGAUCUAUUGGCUUCUUUGGUAUUUCAUGUUUUUUUGUUUUUUUUUUUACGA